AUGAUUCCCCUCCCAACCAAAACCGACCUCACCACCACCGCCACCCUCCUCGCCACCUCCCUCUCCCAUUUUCACUCCCACUCCGCCCAGCAAGGCGGCCUCACAUCGGCCAAGUACUGGGAGAAGGUCGACAAGAAGGCGCGGGGACCGGAGAUGAAUGUUUGGGUGGGUUGGAGGGUGAGGUUUAGUUUUGAUAAGGAGGAGGCUAAGGAGAAGGAGUCAAGGGGCAAGGAUGUGGAGGUUGAAGUGUUGAGGGUUGAGGUGGAAUAG